AAGGAACAGAUGAAUUGAGAUUCUGGAUGGAGGAUGGGAAUGACUCAGGCACGAGUGUGACGGUUGGAGCGAUGAGGAAGGAUGAAAUCCCCCAGGCAAAGAAGGCCUUGGAAAAUGCCUACGUUUAGGGCAGGCUGAGGGAGAUACUUGAGCAUACUGGAAGGUUUGGUGCCGCUUGGGGGUACCGUGUUGCCAUGUGGAUUGAGAAGAGUCCAUUGGAUUUCUUAGCGAGUGCGGUUUGCUUUUUAUGAGUGAUCUUCACAAGCUCUCAUGCGUCGGAUUCUCUGAUUGGCGCUUAGAGAGAGCCACAAUGGAAAAGUCCUGGAUGCUAUGGAACUUUGUUGAAAGAUGGCUGAUAGCUUUGGCUUCAUGGUCUUGGGCCCUCUGCCGUAUUUCUCUUUUACCUUUAAUAGUGACUUUUCAUCUGUAUGGAGGCAUUGUCUUACUUUUGUUAAUAUUCAUAUCAAUAGCAGGUAUUCUGUAUAAAUUCCAGGAUGUGUUGCUUUAUUUUCCAGAACAGCCGUCAUCUUCACGCCUCUAUGUUCCCAUGCCUACUGGGAUCCCACAUGAAAACAUUUUCAUCAGAACCAAAGACGGAGUGCGUCUGAAUCUUAUUUUGAUAAGGUACACUGGAGACAGUUCGCCCUAUUCCCCAACGAUAAUUUAUUUUCAUGGGAACGCAGGCAACAUAGGUCACAGGUUACCAAAUGCACUGCUUAUGCUGGUUAACCUCAAAGUUAACCUUUUGCUUGUUGAUUAUCGAGGAUAUGGAAAAAGCGAAGGAGAAGCAAGCGAAGAAGGACUCUACUUAGAUUCUGAGGCUGUGCUGGACUACGUGAUGACCAGACCAGACCUUGACAAAACGAAAAUUUUUCUUUUUGGCCGUUCCUUGGGAGGAGCAGUAGCUAUUCAUUUGGCUUCUGAAAAUUCACAUAGGAUUUCAGCCAUUAUGGUGGAGAACACAUUUUUAAGCAUACCACACAUGGCAAGCACUUUAUUUUCGUUCUUUCCAAUGCGUUACCUUCCUUUAUGGUGCUACAAAAAUAAAUUUUUGUCCUACAGAAAAAUCUCUCAGUGCAGAAUGCCUUCUCUUUUCAUCUCUGGACUUUCUGACCAAUUAAUUCCACCAGUAAUGAUGAAGCAACUUUAUGAACUCUCCCCGUCUCGGACUAAGAGAUUAGCCAUUUUUCCUGAUGGAACUCAUAACGACACGUGGCAGUGCCAGGGCUACUUCACUGCCCUUGAACAGUUCAUCAAAGAAGUAAUAAAGAGUCAUUCUCCCGAAGAAAUGGCGAAAACGUCAUCUAAUGUAACAAUUAUAUGAUGUCUUUCUUUCUUUUUGAUUAAUGCACUGUGUUUUAAUUUGGGCAGAAUGAUAAAGAAUAUUCCUUUCUAGAAGCGUGUGAUGUCUGUACUUGUCUGAAGAGCGACAUUAAACUUUGAAAGGACUUCAGUGCUCCUUUAAAAUGAUCCAAAUAGUUUUUUACAUUUAAAGAAAUAUGAUUCUUGGGAUUAUUUCUUACAUUUUCAUCAGACUUUUCCAUGUGGUUGUGUAUCCGUAUCUUUAAUAUGCUAUUAGAAUAGCGUAUUAUAUUCAAAUGUUUCUUGUUGCUAACGCUGUAGAACCAACAUGACUCUUGGAGUCAUGACUGAGUGUGGCAGGAGUCACGUGAACGAGAAACCUUUGGAUAUUAUUCCUUUAGUGAAUAUCGGGACAAUCAUGGUAAGCAAGCUUAGUUCUAUAACUGCAUUUUUUCACCUUAGAAGUUAAAGUGAAAUGCAUGAUGGUACUUUAUUCCUUGACUUAUGCAAUGCAAUGUUUUUAAUGUAAAUAGCACUGGUCAUAUACCAAUGUAUAUGGUAACCUGGGUGAUAUCUAUUUUUAUGUAAACUCUAUUUUGUUUUUAGCAAGAAAUGAAAUUGAGGCCUGUGUGCAGGUUGCCAUUGAAGUUGCUCUGGUGAAUGCUGAGAUCCAGCUUUUUCUUACAAAUAAAUGGGACCCCAUUUUCCAAUAUAAAAUGUACCAUGUUUUGUUAGGUACAGUCUGGAUCAUGGCAUGUCAAAAUAGAAAUUUAGAAUUUUACUGCAGCUUUGGUGUGCAUAUUUGAACUUUUUAACAUUUGUAAUUUCGGUGGCAAAGAGAAUUUUAGCUUCUGUCGGUUUUGUAAGUCUACAGCUGAACCACCCAUAGCAGUCAUAAUGAAGAUUAGACCUUGUUUAAGAAUUAACUAGGACGUCUUGUCAUGACAUUAUUGUACCCACUAUUUUACUAAAAUUCCUGCAUUUGAUUUCAAGUCCAAGUAUCUAGUUGUGUCUAUUCCUCUAGUAAGCCAAGAUAUCAUUUAUUGAACUUUCCAAAAAUAAAAGUUACAGAAACAGAAGUCAAACAAACAAACACACACUGUUUUGGGGGGGUUAAUGUUUCAUUUACAAAGUGGAAGAAUUGCGUGAAAAGACAGUUCGGGGAAGGCUUAUUUAUUUUGUACGUGUGGCAGUGUGCGAAGAGAGGAACUUGAGAGCUUUUAAUCACACAAUUUAUCACCACACCUAACAAGUGGCUCGAAGUGGGAAGUAGUAUUUAGACAUGUAGAAGAGGAAGAACAAUUUUACUUUAAAAAAAGAGCCCCCUUGAAACAGGAUUUACCUUAAAAACUAUAGCUAGGUUGUUUCAAGCAGUCCUCAAAAGUGAGAUGUAUUUGAGCUCUGUACAUGUUCUGUCAGCUUUAACAUGUGAUAUUUUGAAUACUUUAGCUAUACUUAUUGGCUUUGUGCAAGCAUCUAGGACAGAGAAAUAGUGGGUCAGUAAUCUUGACCUGAAUUUAAAACUCUUUCCGUGGAGAUAGGGCUAGAAAUACUUUUGCCAAAUAACAUUCUUACCAUUUACUUUAUGUCAGUAUUUAGAAAAAAAUAAAUUAUAGCAAGUAUGAUUUCUAAAGGGUAAUGUUUUCUAUAAAUUGUAAAAAAAAAAAAAGUCCUGCUUUUUAAAAGAAAAGAUGGUCAUGCUUAUCAUGGAAGGUGUAUUUUGUAUGUAUAAAUUCACUACAAUUAAAGGCUACUUUUCAACUUGUCAAUCAUUGCUAUGGAGAAUGACUAUCCUAAAUAGUAAUGUAUUAAAAAGACAUUAAAAUGACAAAAUGCAGUGUAUUUAGACAUGAGCUUACCUGGCACACCUUAGACAUAUUCUUUAAAGUUUACAGAGUACCUGAUAUUUUCAUGAGAUCAUUUAGUCCAGUACACUACGGAGGAAUUUAUCAACGUCAGUUAGAGAUAUUAUGCUGAUGAGGUGCGAAAAGCUGUUUCUUCAUCAUUGUUUUAUUUCAUGCUGCUUUUUUAGUUUGUCUGUUUUGGUACUCUAGGUUUAUAAACCGCCCCCCCUUGUUUGAGCCGGGACUUAAGUUGUGGGGGACCUGUGCCCCUCUCUGCCCCCGUUCUCCUCUUCGGGUUGAGAAUCCUUUCUGCAGCAGAGAGAGGAGGUUGCACCUCUUUCUUUUCUAGCGUCUGUCCUUGAGACGAUUUCACUGAUGGGGUGGGGGGUAGACAACAAACUCCCAUCCUCAGGGUCGGGGACGCCCAGGCAUCGUUUUUUAAAAACGUGUCUAAUUUUGCGGCCAAAGCCGUGGGUCUUCGUGAAACCCGAAUUCCUCACGAGUCACACCUCCGUUUUGGACCCAUCUCUGUGUGGGAAUAGGAGUGUGUCCACCUUGUUUAUUCAUGUCUGCCUCAUUUAUGCAAGGGCAGCUUUAGGAGUUUCUGAUGAGUUUUUAAGUCAUUAAGCUACUGUAAUGUGGAAAUCCUAGAAUGGUCUUGAAUGUGGCAAAAUAAAAUUCACUUAGGUCAAAAUCUGUUAUUUUAAAAGGGACUGCUGGGGGUGAAAUGGCAAAAAGGAUCCUAAAGAAAGAGACCGUGAACUAUGAGAAGAAGUCGUUUGUGACAAACGCAAGAAUACUAACGGGGCAGAGACGGCUGGAAAGGGAGCCAGGCGUCGUUCUUAGGUGUGGAUGGAGGGAACGCCGAGGUGAGGUUGGGGAGAAGGAAAUGGCACAUGCAAAGCAAAACAUUCGAACGAACGCAAGGUGACUGGAGCGCCUGGUCUUACAUCCACCUUAUGUUUUUGCAAAUACUUGGACUGUGUGUAAAAUUGGUAUUUUUAUUAAAAUGGUAUAUUCUGAAUUUUGUUACGGGCAGCUUACGUUUAUUUUUUCAUGAGGAGUUGUAGACAGUUGAUAAUAACCCAAGUUCCACCUGUGGCAGUGUGUCACCCGAUGAAUUAUAUUGCGAUACUUCUGAGAGUUCGUACCACCGGAUGCUUUCUUAUUCUCACAGUUCUAGGAUUUGGUUUACGGUGAGCAUAGGCUUGUUCGGCAGAAUUAAAGAGUGAAGGCCAUAUUCAGUUUUACGUAAACCAUCCUGCAGGCCCAGCCACAGUGUAGUUUUUAAUGACUGAGUCCCUUCCUCGAGCUCGGGAGUCAGUAAGGGGAACCUUCAAAGAGGGCGUCAGAGCGGUCACGGUCACGUUUUAAGUGAGGUCUGAUGGAGAUACGUGGAGACCUCCACGGACCUUUUUUAGUAUGUUUGACAGCAGUUGUGGGGAAAGAAAUGUGAAAAGAAUUAGUCACAAUGCUUUUGGAUUAUCCACUUAAUGUAUUUUCGUAUCACUCAGGUCAAGUUGGAAAUGACAGAGCACAGGCAUCUGUUUUUAAAUCAGCAGAGUAGAAGAGCAAAGGCCCGCUGUUCAUUUAUAUCGCGUAUCUGCACAUCAUCGUAGCUGAUCAGAAUCCUCUGUUUCUGUGGGUGGCGAAAUAAACGCGUUCAUCCUUAGCAGUUGUCAACACCUUUUUGCCAAAUGGCACAAAUAUACCUCCAUUUAUAUUUUGUAUCUUAAAAAUGUAGUUUAACAGUAGGAGUGUGUAUGAGAGGCACUUUAGUACAAAAAAAGUGUCUCUCAUACACAUGUUAACAGGGAUGAGUGUAUAUUGUUUAAGAUUAUUUGUAACAAUUUCUGUCAGUACACCAUAAACUGAAAAUUCAAGUUGUCUUCAACCUAUUCAAAGACGUUCAGGAUACAAUAAUCCAAUUUCAUAAUGUAAAUCCUAUUUUUGUUAUUUGCCAUAUUUUAUUUGAAGCAGUAAUAAAAUUUUAUAACUCAUAUUUGAAUGUUAAAGUCCGUUAAUGUGCUAAUCAUGGCAAGCAAACAUUUACAUUUGUUUUUUUACAAUAAAUUUCCUUUAAAAUAUAUACUUUCUAUUUUUCUGUACUGACAUAUGCAAUAAAUUGAUACAUUAAAAGUUUGAUUAAUGUCUUAA